AUGGAGUUACCCGUUCUACUUCUCACUAAUGGUGUACUGCUACCGAAUGCCAAAUUGAAAGUGCCCAUAAAGAGCCGGACGAAUCUAGCAACAUUGGAUCGUUUCGUAGUGAACAAAGGUGUUCUGGGGAAAUCACUGAUGUUAGUCGCAUAUCGAAUAGAGAAGGAGAAGUACACAAUCCACCUGGUGGGAGUGUCUAGGGCUAAAAUUGAAAAGUUUGCCAUUCCAGUCAGCACCGUUCAACAGCUCUACGCCAUCGAGGGUGACACUCCAGCUGAGCUACAGAAAGAAUUUGUGGGUCGUGUCAAGGAAUUGGCACUGUCACUUUCAUUUGAUCGUGUAGAGGAGUCGUUCGUGCUGAAGAAAUUCUUGAAUGAAGAUCGGCUCGAAGACUUGGCGGAUUACUGCGUCUCUCUUAUGACUGACAUUGCUUAUACAUCUCUCUUGGACUAUCUGGCUACUCUUGAAAUUCCGAAAAGAGUAAAGCGUGCCAAUGAUUGGUUGAAGGAUCAUCUUAAGGCUGCUCCAAGUACGAAGUCCCGCGAUAUUCGAAUAGAACAACCACUUCUUCCACGGAUUCGAUCCGCCCAAACACAGAGAUCAUCAAAGAAUGGAGUUGAUGAAUUAGAAAUGAAGUUGCAGAAUGCAGGUUUACCCGAUAAUGUCAAGGAACGGGUAUGGGCAGAUUUUGAUCGGCUCAAAAACAUGGGACAGAGCAGUUCUGAACUGCACGUGCUCACAUCAUACUUAGAACUUGUUGCUAGCCUGCCAUGGAGCAGAAGCACACCUGAGACUAUCGAUAUCAAAAAGGUGAGCUAUCAUACUGCUUGGUAA